AAGCUUUCAUUCUCCAUCUCAUCAGAACCGCCCCAGAAAUUUCCCCACCCUUCUCUCUCUCCAUCUUUAUUUAUUUCUCAUUAUCUGAUACUACAAACCAAAUUUCAACUCUGAUUCCACACUCCUUCACCUUCCUAAUCAUCUCCUCUCGCUUCAGUUAAAACCAUGAAAUUUUGUACUAAACCCAUCCUUUUCUUCUUCAUUUUACUGUUUUUCCUUCACUCAUCUUCAAUCUCAGCUCAAGAAGUUGAGGACGAGAGAGACUUCGAUUAUGUAGAAUGGAGUCAGAAAGGGCCAGGACAUUGGGGGGAGAUAAAGAAAGAGUGGGAAGCUUGUAACAAUGGGGAUUUGCAAUCUCCCAUAGAUUUAUCAAGCGAGAGAGUGAAGAUUGUUCCUCAGUUGGGAGAGCUAAAGAGAAACUAUUAUCCUUGCAAUGCAACCGUCAAAAAUAGGGGCCAUGAUAUUUCUGUAUAUUGGUAUGGUAAGCCAGGAUCAAUUGAGAUAAACGGCGUUGUUUAUGAUCUUCAACAAUCCCAUUGGCACUCACCUUCAGAGCAUUCCAUCAAUGGAAGAAGGUAUGAUUUGGAACUCCACAUGGUUCAUCAAAGUUCUGAUCCCACCGUGAAGAACAAGAUUGCUGUUGUUGGUCAACUCUAUACAAUUGGCCAACCAGACCCUUUUAUCACACAGUUGAGUAGGGAAAUUCUUGGCAUGGUUGACCGGAAGCAUGAAAAGAAGGUGGGAGUGAUGAAUCCCGCAGAUAUCAAGUUUGGUGGAAGAAAGUACUACAGAUACCUUGGUUCCCUCACGGUUCCUCCUUGUACCGAAGGUGUAAUAUGGACCAUGAACAAGAAGAUAAGGACAGUGUCAAGGGAGCAAGUGAGACUUCUAAGAGAGGCUGUUCAUGAUUAUGCAGAGUUCAAUGCAAGGCCGUUGCAGCCACUAAAUAGUCGGGAAAUCGGUCUCUAUCGGCCAACUCAAAGAACCAGACCUUGAUCGUUUAGAUAUCACCUUUUUCGCUAUAUAUGAGAAAAAUUUCUUAUACUAUGGAGAUACAGUACUCUUUUUGUUCAUAAUGUAAUUUUGGCCUCAUGGAUGCUUUUUUUUAUGGUGGUGACCUCACCUCGGUUUCAAAAGGAUGUCAGUGUGAUAAUUCAUUAAUGAGAUAGUGCCCAUACUACGUAGUAUAUGAAAUUUUAUUUGUUGUC